GGGGCGCCAGAGGGAGAGAGAACGUCCUCUAGCUGUGUGCAAGGACACGGCCCUGAACGGUAAAACAGCUUUACUGCUGUUUCAAGCAUCUUGCGGGACGGGGAAAAGGUUCAUCAAUCGAUUUGAGUUUCGACUUUGGGAUAAGUGCGUUUUUGCGUUUAUACACUGAAUUGUGAUUGACUGAAUUAAGUUUUCAAACGUCGGCGUCUCACGAAUUUGAAGAAGUUUCCAAAAGUUUUCCAAAACUGCAAACUCCAGUCGGACGACAGGAGAGGAGAUAAUAUGAUUCUUCAAGGAGACCAGCUCCCUCUCCAAUAAGAUCAUGGAGUCUUACAUCCGUGGAGGAUGGUGGCGAUGGAAGUUCCGUAACGUCCUGCCAGUUGCCCUGCUGUUGAUGUCCGUGCAAAGACAAGCAGUGUUGAGCUGUAGUAACUCCAACUGCGUUGUGGUGCUCAAGGACUCCCAGGGUACAUUCAACUCCCCCUGCUACCCACAAGAUUACCCCAGUAGUCAGGCCUGCAAGUGGACUCUGCAGGCUCCAGCUGGAUUCAUUGUGCAAAUAACCUUCCUCGACUUUGAGCUUGAGGAGGCCCUUGGGUGCAUCUACGACCGCAUCAUUGUCAACACGGGCAACCAAGAUGUUAAGUUUUGUGGCUUAACAGCCAACGGACUGACGCUAAACUCCACCGGCAAUGUGAUGGAGGUGUCAUUUAACUCAGACUUUAGCGUCCAAAAGAAAGGAUUCAGUGUCAGUUACAGGCAAGUUGCCGUGGYGCUAAGGAACCAGAAGGUCACAGUGUCCAACGGCGCAGGCAAAGUGGUCCAAGUCUCCAACUUGGUGACCAUACCUACCCUUCAGCAGUUCACCGUGUGCUUUGAGAUAGCCCAGCCCAACCAAAAGAGCAAGGAGACUAUCUUCUCUUACACCUGGCAAGAGAACAGCAGUGGUGAAGAAGCCCUCAGCUUCGGAAAUAACCAGGAUGGAGUGGCGCUGGUCAUGAGUAACGAGACAUGUCUGCUAGACUCUAUCCUCAAYGCCUCGGACUUCACUUCCACCAUGAAGCAAUUCUGUCUCACGUGGGCCUCCACCACAGGCAAAGUGACCCUCUACUACAACAGCAACUACAGGGUCAAGACGUGCUCCAACACGAUUGGGUGCUCGGUGGGGGCUGGGGGGCUCUUCAGGCUGGGGUCCCAUAGCAGCUUUGAUGGGACCAUCUAUAACUUCCGCCUGUGGGAUUACGCCAUGAACAUGAGACAGCUGGUCGCCCUUACCUGUGACGCCGUCGGCAACGUCAUCGACUGGGACAACAGCUUCUGGGACAUCCCCUCUUCACUGGCACAGACGGACAGCACGCUGAGCUGCAUCUGUUUCCCACAUUGCAUACACUUAACAACGGCUGCUCCAUCUAGUGGUACCUCUGUACCCGUCAAUACAUCACAGACCACCAGCUGUGCCUCUCCUGGACUGGGCUGCCCAGCAACAUUAACUUCCACCAGCUCAUCCAUUGUCACCACUAACAUGAUUGCUACUAAUUCAACAACCCACGUUCUCUCUGCUACCACUUCAUCUGCCACCACUACUAGCAUGCCUCUAUCUACCAGCUCAUCAACUGUUCAAACCACUACCACGACCACUACUGCAGCUACAACUAAUGUGCCGACAUUACCCAGCACAACCACUGCAGCCGCUACUAACACAACUCUAUUCUACAGCACAACCAAUGCACUGACAGCUUCUGCUACAACCAUUGUUUCAAACCCAGCUACAACUAACUUGCCUACCACUAACAACACAGAGCGUGUAACGACUACUCCCCCAUUAUCCCCUACUACUAACACCCCAGCUAACAUCACCACUACCCCGGUGUCUGAAGCCACUACUACCCCACCGUCCUCGACUAACAUGUCUCCUACUGUCAUGUCCACUAACAUCAUCAAGCUGGAGGGUCUUUUCUACAGGAUCUCCUUUGUUGUCAAUGACAAGGAGGCCAAACUAACGGAGUCUGAUGUUGAGAAAACUGUUGCACAAUGGCUCAAUCAAACAUUCCAAAACUGGACACAUGUGGUCUAUGUCGAUCAUUUCAGUAUCCAGCCUAACAGUGACUCACAGCUUAAGAGGAGUGCCAGUAAAAAAUUCACUUGCCAGGCCCUGCUGGUCUAUCAGACCACCACCAAUGUGACCCUGGGAGAAGUAGCCAUCUCCACCAGGAUGGUGGGAAGCAGCCCUAACAUUGGCAAUGGACUGGAGCUAGAAGCUGUCGCCGUGCAGUCUGUCGAGAACUGCCCGGAGGAAACUCCCCUCCAUUAUAUCUGGCCAGAGAGCAGACCAACGGUCACUCAGUAUGUCCCCUGUUUCCCCAACAAAGACCAGACUACAUCCAGAACAUGUGAGAUCAGCCGCCUGAAUUACACAGCGUUUUGGGUCGGCCCAGACCUCAGUAAUUGCACUGAUAUCGAUUCCAUCAAUGUUUCAGCAGAGAACGCUGCUGAAGUUGCCGACCAGCUUGCUGACAUCACCAACAACGAGCUCUCCACAGACGAGGUGUUCAAGGUGGCGAGAAAGGUUAAUGAGCUGGUGAAAGUGGCCAAGAUCAACACCCCUCUGGCCAAAACCGUAGUUAGCAUCCUCUCUAACGUGAUGACCAGCUCUGUGUCAGCCCUGGCUGUAGCCUCAGAGAGGACAUUGAAGACGGUGGAUGAGCUGGUUCAGAAGUUAGAGUUUGAUGGGCCUUCAGUGAGCAUCACCUCUAAAAAUCUGGCUCUGGGCAUCUCAACACUGAACCAUGGCAAGUUCAACGGGACCUCCUUCAGUGCCUUCAUACAACCCAACACCACAGACCUCCAGAUUGACUUUGAGUCUAACCAGCUGAAUCCCCUGGCUCAGGUCACACUGCCAGCUACUUUGCUCAGAAACCUGACCGACGCUGAGACCGCUGCCAUCUCCAGGAUUAACUUCAUGUUCUUCAGCAAGAUAGGACUAUUCCAGGAUGAACAGGACGGGUUGUCUCUUAACAGCUAUGUUGUGGCCAGCAGUGUGGGCAAUUACUCCAUCAGUAACCUGCAGGAUCCCGUGGAGAUUGAGAUAGUACACCUGAACUACCAG